AUGAGCGGGCUCGAUAUUUCUGCACUUCUUCCUCCUUAUCUCAACUUGCCCCCGCAUCUCAGCGCCCACAAGUAUUUCUUCGUCUGCACGCUCACCGUCGCUGCAUGGGACACGCUCGUCCUCUCCCCGCGCUCUUGGCGGUUGAUGAAGACGAAAGAGUGGCCGGUCCUCAAGAUUGUCUACCAGGUCCUCCGCUAUCUCAUGCCCGUCGAGUUUAUCAUCGUCGCCGUCGCCUUUUUCGACACGAAAUUCACCCGCGAAAUGUGCAACAAGUUUUACCUGUUUGAGCCCAUUUGCACCAUGAUUCUCAUUGCACUCUGCUCCUCUGUCCAUGUCAUCCGUAUCCACGCCAUCUACGACAAGAGCAGGCCCAUCCUCGCCGGUCUGGCUGCCCUUUUGCUUAUCCAGAUUGCCGUAAUGGCAGUAUCCUCCGCGUUCUACCGUGUGAUCCCGCUCCUUCCAGGCCAAGGCUGUAUCGCUGGUCCCACCGCCAACUGGGUCGGCAUCUACUGGGCUGCUCCCACCCUCUUCUACACGACGACACUCGCUCUCGCCCUCAAUCGAUCCAUCAAGUCACUCCAGACAAAGGCCCUCAGCCCAUGGAAGCUCAUGCUCCGCGACGGCCUCAACCUCUACGGUGCCAUUUGGAUCGUUAACAUGGUCAACGUCUGCUUCUGGUUCAUCGUCAAGCCCACCGGUGAAAACGACAGCAUUAAGACGACGGUCACCAGCAUGACCGCGGUACUCACGACCACCAUGACGCUCCGUAUCAUUCUCUCCGUCCGUGGUUCGCUCGCCCAAGGUGGCUCGUACGCCGGCUCGGCCAUCUCGUCGUCGAACCGUGGCAACAGCACCCACGUCCUCUCGUCGUCUGGUCGCAACCCAAACCCACCUCACCCAUCGUCGUUUGGUCCUACACACUCGUAUGGCGUCCAAUCACAAAACGCUGGCAACGGCGCCAAUGUCAUCAACAUUGGCACCUAUGGCAACCCCGAGCGCAAGGGGUCGCUUUCCGGUGGCGUUCCUGGUGUGGGCAAGGAUGGUGCCUAUACCCUUGAUGAGAUGCGCGACAAGGCUGCCAAGGGAGAGUGGAAUGAAGGUGCGAGUGAUGGCCGCUCGUCGGUCCUCGAGGGUAAAGAGGGCGAGGCAUAUGGCGUCCCUGCUGCCAGAGGAUACGAGGGCGUCAAAGUGACGAUUGAUCGCGAGGUGGAUUACCAUGGCCGCAAGUAA